AUGUCUGGAGUGUCUUCAGUGGAGUCAGAGCUGUAUUACUUAGUGGCCAAAUAUCUUGAAUGUGGUCCGUGUCGUGGAUCAGCACAACUGCUUAAGCAGGAGAUUGAGAAGCACUGUCUUCUGCCGCCACGUCUGGACUGGACGGGCGCUCAACACAAGACCACAUUUGCUGACAUCGAUGGCCAAAACGAUCACAUUUCGGCCAAUCAUUUGCAAAGAGUAGUGGAAAGGAUUGGUCACAUAUUAGACAAAGUAGUGCCGCCAUCGGUGGCCGGUGUGGCCACUCUUCUCGGCAAUGGAAGACAAUCUCUUCUGAGAGACAUGGAUGGACUCAACUCAGGCAAUGUGCAGACGUUGUCAGUGUUGCGAUUGAGUCGUUACCGAAAUGGGGCCCAACUGUUGCCGUCGCCUGAGCUCAUGGCUGGCCACCCAUUGAACGUGACUCUGUCGCUGAUGAGCCGUCAAAACAGUGGUCCCUUAUCUCAGAAACAACUGUUGCCCACCAAAUGCUACGACAGAUUCAUUAGAUAUCGUCGACUCUUAGGACAUCUGUCAUCCGUGUAUUGCGUGUCAUUUGACAGAACUGGUCGUUAUAUCUUCACUGGAGCCGACGAUUCGUUGGUUAAGAUAUGGUCAGCAGCUGACGGCCGGUUAUUGGCUACACUUCGCGGUCACAUCAAUGAGAUAACAGACCUAACAAUUAAUUAUGAAAAUACAUUAAUAGCUGCCGGAAGUUGUGAUAAAAUGAUAAGAGUGUGGUGUCUGAAGACUACCGCUCCGAUCACUGUUCUUAGUGGUCAUAACGCAAACAUUACUUCAGUUAAGUUUUGUCCGUUAGCUCGCGAUGAGAACCGCUAUUUGGUGUCCACUGCCAAUGACGGGUGUGUCUGCUUUUGGAGAUAUAACGCCACUACCAAUGAAUUCAAAUCUACGCCUAAGAAGUUUGUUGAACGCCACAAACCCGGCUCUCAAUUGGUUUGCUCGUCAUUUUCUUGUGGCGGUGUUUUUCUGGCAGUCGGGUCGACAGACAAUUACCUCCGUGUUUACCACGUGACAGCACCGGCGGGCCCGACAAAGAUUCUGGAGAUUGAACAGCAUUCAGACGAUGUGGACUCUAUUCAGUUCAGUAAUCUGAGCACAAGGUUUGUGUCCGGGAGUAAAGACGGUGUGGCGCACAUCUGGUACUUUGAACGCCAACACUGGCAUAACAUACCACUCAAAAUGAGCCAACGAUUGCCCGUCACUGCGCCCAUCAAUGAAGAGAUCACUCGUAAAGUUCGAGUUUCGAUGGUUGGCUGGACUUGCGAUGACGUUCAUGUGAUCACAUCGUUAAGUGACCACUCUUUGAAGGUUUGGUACUCACAAACGGGUCAAUUGCGUCACGUCCUCUAUGGCCACGAAGACGAGGUGUUUGUUAUUGAAGCCCAUCCUAAGGACAGUCGUCUGUUUCUUUCUGGUGGACACGACGGGGCCAUCAUUUUAUGGGAUGUGCUGACGGGCAAUGCCAUCAAACACUUUUACAACUCGAUCGAUGGUCAGGGACACGGAGCUGUGUUUGAUUGCAAGUUUUCUCCCGAUGGUCUCAUGUUUGCCUCGACCGACAGUCACGGCCACCUCUCACUCUUCGGACUGCUUUCCAACACUCCGUAUCAGAGAAUUCCCGAUCAAGUCUUCUUUCAUACCGACUAUCGACCAGUGAUUAGAGAUACCAAUCACUAUGCAAUUGAUGAGCAAACCCAAUGCGCGCCUCAUCUCAUGCCACCUCCAUUUCUGGUCGAUAUCGAUGGCAAUCCGUAUCCACCUAUUUAUCAAAGACUAGUUCCCGGCCGAGAAAACUGUUCCGAUUCGCAACUCAUGCCAUAUGUGGCCGUACAUAAUGCCAAUGGAAAUGAUGUGGCCGAAGUGUUGGCACCCGUGGAAGUGCCCGGAGCCGUAGCGCCUCAACUACCGUCUGCGUCAUCACCGCAAUCGUCUCGUCCGACAAUCGAUGAUAUGAUACAACGCUUACAGAGAGAACAAAGGCGUCUUAAUCAUGAACAUGACUAUACGGCUCAACCGCCCCCCGGAUAUCAUGACCAAAGAGACAUUCAAAAUCAUUCGCCACGAGCCAGACAUGGGUCGGGCCAAAGAACUGCGGGCUCGAGACGCGCCGGAUCUGUUGAAGGGGUGCGACAACCGGCCAAUUUCAUGUCUCGAGACCGUGAACUCAACCAAAUGGUUCCCGUUUGGGCCAAGAAAAUGAUUGUUAAGCCUUUGACUCAAUCUGAAGCAGAAAUGGCUAAAACCAAAUCCAUAACAACAGCGGAAACAGAAGAAAGUUUCUUUAAUAAAGAACGCAAAAAACGGCCACAAAUAGAAGAUUCGUCGGUCAGUCUUAAGCUUGCCAUCAAAGAGGAGAGGUUUACGAGAAGGAAGAGACGUAUAAUUCAACAAAGACAAGGCGUACGACAGUCUGGCAUUAGGGACAGGUUUGCACGAAGACCUGAUGCCCGACAUAACGGUAUUACUGACUAUGAAAAUCCCGAUGAUUUAAGUGACGAAAGCGAUAGCGAUUACACAGGAGAUAAAGAGUGGGCCGACACCUCAUCUGAUUCUGAAAGCGAGGAAAGUGAAGACUCUGAAUGGGAUACUUGUCUGCCAUCAACUUCUAGGAUAAGCGGCAGAAAUGCCUCAACAGGUAGUGGCAGUGAAGAGGACAGAGACGGCAGUUCUGGACAUAACGAAAGACCUCAACGCUCUAAACAACUCACUAAAAAGGAGACCAAAAAAAUGAAGGAACGAAUGAAAAGACAACAAUUGGAAGAAAAAUAUAAUUCAAUUAAAGAGCUUCCGGAAGAUUUCCGACCUCCGGACUGGUUCACUGACGUGAUGGCCAAGAAGACCCCAUAUUUCCCUCAACUCGGCGAUCAAGUGGUCUAUUUCCGAUCAGGACAUCAGCAUUACAUCGAUAACGUACGCGAACACAAAAUCUAUACAUUGAGUUCGACUGUCAAGCCAUACAAACUGCGGGGCUCUCAGGAUGACCAGGUGUUCGCUAAAGUGGUGGAUAUCAAGUAUGAUGUGAAACCUCCGCGUCUGGUCACUAUCAAACUGGUUGUGUUGGAUAACGAGACCAAUGAACUGACAAACUCUCACUUCUCGUUCCGAUUCCACGACAUUGAGAAUGUGGUGGACUUUAUUGUAUUGAAACAAAUGUAUGAUUUGUCUCUCGCGAGAGAGUGGAAAGUGGGAGACGAGUUCCGGUCGAUAAUAGACGACAAGUGGUGGUUCGGGACGAUUACAUGCUUGAAAGAGUCGCAGCCAUUCUCGCACUUCCAAUGUUUUGAGGUGUUGUGGGCCAACGGAGAUGUCGAGCAAUUGAGUCCUUGGGAUUUGGAAAUCAUCAAUGAAGAGACUGCGCCGCACAACAGGUCAGAAAGUGCUCACAUCACUGAUGACGAGAAACUUUCGUUUAAUUUCUAUAACCAAAACGAUUGGCCCGAAAGUGGUCGCGAAGAGCAAAGUCGGCGUAUUUUGAAUGGUUUUAUACGUAUUAUGGAGUCAUCUCAUGCCGAGGACUUCUUAGUGCCCGUCGAUCUCAAUCUACACCCAGUUUACGGAAUGAUGAUCUCAUAUCCUAUGGAUUUGUCGACUAUUAGGGCCAGACUUGAGAACCAUUUCUAUCGAAGGGUUGAUGCCAUUAAAUUUGACACCAAAUUUAUUGAAUUGAAUGCCCAGGCCUUCAACGAACCCGGCAGUGAUAUCGUUAAAAAGGCUAAACUAAUGACUGCACUCAUCAUCCGCUUUAUUGAAGACGUGGACUGUUAUGAUCCGAUGCCUAUCUAUUUAGAUCUGAUCGCCAAUUGUGAACAAUUUGAAGAACCGGUCGUUUCCGAAGAGAGCAGAGCUGAAGAAGAGGGCCAAGAGAUGCGGCGUUCACUUCGACGCAAACGCCGUAAACACAUGGACUCCGAAUCGGACGCUUCGGACCAGAUGUCGAGUAAAAGGAAACGACUUAAAAGUGAUUCAUCGCGUCGUCCGAAGACAUGGAAACAGAAUUGUUUGGAAUUAUUAAAUUAUAUUCUCGAACGCGAAGAUUCGUCACCUUUCAGGUCACCCGUGGAUCCGAUUCAAUAUCCAGACUAUUCACAAGUGAUCGACACUCCCAUGGAUUUGACGACCAUUAAGGAGCAGCUGAUCUCAGAUCUAUACGAGACACCCAAUGAGUUCUGCAAAGACAUGCGAUUAGUGUUUGUCAAUUCCAAAUCCUAUAAUACUAACAAAAAGUCAAGAAUCUAUUCAAUGACUGUCAGACUGUCGGGUCUUUUCGAAGAGAAAAUACGGCGAAUUAUAUCUGAUUGGCGUUCAAACUGUAAAUACGAGACUAAUCUGAAACGAGGCAUCAAUUCUAAGCGCCGAAAGCCUAUCCCAUUGUCGCCCAUUUCGACGACUCGCUCUCCGAGUAAACGCUCGCCAAAUAAUAAAAGACGCCGUCGAGCCCUCUCCUCAUCGAUGUCGCCUACCUUUGACAUGAGUGCUCCGUCCACUUCGGGCUACUCCAGCCGUAGUAAGUCUAGUCUGAGUCAGAGUAACAACAAAAGAGUUGUCUCUAACAACUCAUCGCCGAAGAAGAAUAAUUUGGACAAACUCGGGAAGAAUGCCGCAAACAAUGGUAACAAUAGCCUUAACUUCAGAUCACUGCGAAGUGCAGUCGCUGUUCCUCUCAGUGGUCGCACUUCUGGUCGAAGACAAAAUCGUAAUUUAGUUAAUAACACCAAUGAUAAGAACAAUACUGUUAUUAACAAAAAAGGUAGAAAACGUGUCAUUAAAGAAGAAUCGACUGAAGAAGAAGAAGACAUCGAUGAAGAGACAGAGAAAGAGGAUAUGAAUGACACGUUUGAAGUGGAUGUCGACGAAGGCAAAGGCAAACACUUGGACAGCGACACAGAGAUUGACGACAAUGAGAAGGACUGCCAUCGAGUGGACGAUUCGGAUGCCACUGAAAUUGAAGACGAUCUACAAUCUCGGCCCCAAUCCUCUCGUUUACGGUGUCGCAAAAAAUCAAUGAGAACUUCAUUCUCAGAGCACUCAUACCCACUGCCAACCCGACGGACAGGUGUUAUGUCUCGAAGAGUUCGCUUAAAGGCGUCAGAGGAAAGCGAAUCAACACAAUCGUCAUCCGGAAGUAGUCAUCAUUCGAAUUGUAGUAACGAAUCGCAGUCAUCGGCGGUAUCUUCGAUGAGUGCAGUGAUCAGUGAGAUUUCAGAUGAGAGCUAUUUGUCUGACGAGAGUUACAAAUCAAGUUCGAGACGUCAAUCGCAACGCAAACGUCAGCCAAUCAGUGAUAAGUGGAGGACGAGCUAUGAAUCGGAGGAUGACUUACGAAGAGUUAGUUUAGGUUUGAGACACCGAAGACAUACCAACAGUACGAGCAGUGGUCGGUUCGCCUCUGACUCGCCCAUUAAAACUCGAUCCACAAAUAGCAGCAAAAACCGCGUCAGAUAUACAGAAUCCGGUGGUUUUGAAGACGAAGACUUUGAAUAUGACAACCGAUCGGCUCCUCAUUUAAGUGAGCAUUCAGUGAGCAGUCGGGGGAGAGUCAGGAAAUUCAAAGCUCACGCUAGGUUUGCCUCAUCCACAGCCACAGCAAACACUGCCUCCUCUACUCAUUGAUUCAUUAUUAUUAUUAUUAUAAUUAUUAUUAUAUUUAAUUCUUGAAUUG